ACCUUUCCAGAAAAUGGUUGGAUUGUUCGUUCAAGUUAUUUCUGACACGUAUUUUCAUGAAAAUCGUAAAUAGUUUGUGAAAUUUAAACAAUGUUUACGCUUUAGUGUUAUUAUUAAGAGUGUAGUCUAUUUACUUGUCUAAAAAUGGAAUUUCGAGAGACACUGCUAGCUGCUCAACGAAAUCAACAACAAAAAUCAUCUGAUAACCUAUAUUAUAAGGCUCGAUUUGAUCCGCCAAAAAAAGAACAAAAACAGAGGGAUAGGUUAUCAGCUAAUAUACAGAAGUUUUUGGCAAAAAAAGAUGAAGAAGAAAGGCAGAAAAAAUUGGAGGCUGAUAGGAAAAGGCAAGAAUUAUUGGCAAUGCGUGACCCUAAGGCUCUGCGAAAAAUUCAAAAGACUCUAAAAGUUAUAAAGUCAGCUAAUAAAUCAGUGAUAGAAGAUGCAGUGGAUAGAGAUAACACAGCCAUCACACGAGAUGGUCCUGAUCAACCGGAUCAGGAUGACUAUGGUUAUGAGUCUCAAGAAGCGGCCGCACUCUAUCAGAAAAUGAUGCAGAAGUAUAGUAAAAUACCUGAUGAACCGAAGUUUCCAGUGUCAAACUCUACUGUAAAGAAAGACUUAAACGGGACUAGAGAAAGAGUGAAACAUGCACUGCAACAUGAAGAUGAUCCUGUUCCUCAUAAAAGGAGGCGUAAAGGAGAAGUUGGGGAAAGAGAAUCUAGUCCUCCAACGAAAUAUGAACCGGAGAAAAAGAAAGAGGAUUCAAAACCAGAAAAACCUAAAAUUCGAAAACAAGCACCUCCACCAAUAGAUUUCAAUCAAUUGCUCAAACUGGCUGAACAGAAAAAGAGUGAACCCAUAGAAGUAGCUGCAAAGAAGCAAAGUAUAGAGCAAGAAACAGAUAGACUGAUGACUAAAAAGCAGAAAAAGGAGUAUGAAGAGGAAUUAGCGCGCCGCCAACGGAGGCAAGAACGGUUAGAAGCAGAAAAAGCGGCCUCAAGGAAAGGACCAAGAGAAGAAAAACCGAAUGAAAGAAAAUCUGAUGCUGGUUUUGGUCGAAUUCCCAAACUAGGCGAUAAAGGUAGAAAUGAAAGCCCUAAGGUCGACAGAGACAGACAAGAAGAAAAAGAAAGAAUUGAAAGAGAUAGAGUUGAAAAACAGCAGAGGGAAAAAGACAGAAUUAGAAUGGAAAAGGAGAAAAAUGAAAGGGAAAGAUUAGACAGGGAGAGGUUAGAUAAAUUAAAAGCAGAGAGAGAUAGGAUAGAUAGGGAAAUGGAUCGACUCAACCGAGACCGUGAUAGAUUAGAUAAGACAAGGUUGAAAUUGGAAAGUAGUAAAUCAAUGGAAAAGUCGAGCAAACCUGUAGAGAAAGUGGUAGAUAGAUCAAAAUUGUUUUCCAAGGAUCAAAGUGGAAGACAAGAUGUAAAUAAAAAUAUUGAUUUAAAAAGCCAAAACACUUACAGGAUAGACAAAAACACCAUUGAAAAAAAAUCUACUGUUCCAAUUAAAAGUAACAAUGGUAAAUAUUUGAAUGAACACAGCUCUCAAGGGAAACCAAUGACAAAACAAAAUAGGGAAUCAAUAAAAAAUGAAACUAGAGAUAAAGUUACGUCAGUAAAGGAAAAAAUCUCUAGCAAUGGAUCUACUAAACUAAAUGGUAAGCUUGAUAAUGGCAAACGUCUUCCGGAAACAAGUAAAGGAAUGCCUGUUAAGAGACCUGAUGAUAGGAGUACACAAAGUAAACCUCAAGCUGGAACCAGUAAGCCUAAAUUUGCAAGUACAUUUGAUUUUGACAAACAUGUCAGUUCACUUAAAAAGAAUGGGCAUGUUGAUGGUGGGCGCCAGUUCCCACCAGGUGAUGUCAAAAGAAAAAUGCAUCCUGAUGAUAUAAGAAGAAAGCAAAAACAACGUAUAGUACAUUCAGACUCUGAAUAUGAUUCUGAAAUGGACGAUUUCAUAGAUGAUGGCGAGGAGAAUAUGGAUUAUUCAAGGCAUAUCAAAGAGAUAUUUGGUUAUGACAAAUCCAAGUAUCGAGAUAUUGACGAUGAUGAUGAUCCAACAAUGGAAUCGAGUUUUGCAAGGCAACAGCGAGAGGAGUACAUUAGCAAAAAAAUUGGUAUUAUGGAAGACUUAGAAGAUAUGAAAUUAGAAGCAAUGGAGAAGAAGAAAAAGAAGAAGUUACGUCGAAUAAGCGACGACUGAUUGUUUUUCACUGUUAUUCAUGGCAUGGACCAAAUUACGAUAAUCAGUUGAUCGUUGUAAUGUUAUAUCUUACAUAUAUUUUAUGUAUAUUAAAUGUGUCUAUAUGUGUACAUGUACAUUUGUAUCUGAAAUACUUAGUACACUAUUUGAUAUAAUGGA